AUGCGCUCGACCAGGAACCGCCUCUGGCCGAGUAAUUACGCCGACGACAAGAAGAAGAACAUGCGCCUAGAUGCUGGUUCCCAGGUUGGCGACAAGUAUGAGGUGAUUGUGCAGCCUAACAAAGGUGCUGAUAACGUCUCUGUCAAAAAGGCCGCAGAGGCUAAUAGCCAUCAAAUCCUCGCUAAGGUGGUGGUCAACAAGAACCGAUGA